AUGGCAAGCGGCGGUUCAGCCACCGAAGGCUUCUGGUCGUCACUGGGCUCGGGGCCCUUGAGCAGCAGCGAGCUGGAGCUGCUGGGGGCGCUGCUGGCUUUGGGGCAGAAGGCCAGAGACGUCCUACCACAAGGCGUUAGCAUUCAGGAAUGGGCUGAAAGACGAGUUCCACCAGAUCAGAUUGCAGAGGUGAAUCGCUCUGGCAUCGUCUUCAUCCCCUCCAGCGCGCCGGCCGCGCCACCCGCCGCUCGCACGGCGCUGCCGGAGCCGUGGCCGGAGCCAGCACCGGCGGUGCCGGAGCUCGGGGCCAGCGUGAGACAGUCAGUGGUGAAGUCCUUGGUUCAAGGGGUGAAGUCCUGGGGUGCUGGUCUUCUUGGUGUGGUGCUGCGGCCCCUCCGGAUGCCCGAGCAGCCCAAGCUGGAGGUGCCUGACAAUACCUUCUACUUUGAUCCCAUGACCAAGCGUUGGAGGCAACACGGGGUCGACGACGUGGAUGUGUCCAACAUCGACCCCAACACUGGCCGCACCAUUCAGCAGGAUCACCAGAUGCUAGGCCCGCCACCCAUGAGCCAGACCAGUGGCUGCCUCAUGCAAAGCCAGAAGGCUCACCCCUGCAGCGGUUCUCUUUAUGUAGACCCCCUUAAGCCCUCGCAGCCCGGGCAGCCUGUCAAGCCGUUGGAGCCGCAGCCAGUCAAGCCCAUGCACCCAGUGGAGCCAGCACAACACCUGCAGCCUACCAUGCCACAGGCGCAGCCACAACAGCCACAGCCACUGGAAUCAGCACAGCUGCUACAGCCACUGGAAUCAGCACAGAUGCUGCAACCAUCAGUGCAGCCAGUCGCGCAGCCAGUGGCACAGCCGGAGGUGGACUUCAUCCCAUGCAGCGAGCAUGCCACUUUGGUGCCUCAGGAGGCUUUGAACUCUCAAGGCGCCCCGAAAGGCAUCGCUUUGGCGGGCCCCGGGGACGGAAGUUUGCUUCGAGUUUGGUGUGGCUCCUGCGUGCCAGAAGUCGUGCUGGUUUCCACCCUGGCCAGCGACCGUGUCUCUGGCAUCUCGCCCAAGUUCAAUGGCUCCUUUGCGGAGGUCAUCACUGACCUGCCGGAGGUCGUCUUCCGACAGGUGAGCGGGGAUGGCACAAAGAGGCCGCUCUUCUUACUCCGGCAGAAAGAACGCUGGCGCUUUGCAAAAGACCUGAAAGAUAGCAGGUGCUACAUCCGAAGUCAGAAGAGCGCCCAGUGUGCCUGGGACAACCUGCAGUGGGAGAAGAGGAAUGAGCAGGGCACUUGGGAGACCUUGCCCGAUGCGAAGCUUUGCCUCUUGCAGGCCUCCGACUUGGAGAGCAAAAGCCUAAAGGACGCUGCCAGGGACAUUUUUAAGCUCACCAAGACGGGCGUGCGGCUCACGCACUUCAAGUGCAUGGCCAACGACUGCCCCAAGAGCUGUGGAAAUGCUGCGGCGCACGACUGGGGCCUGAAGGAUGAAGGGCAACUGCUGGGGCAUUUGGCAUAUUACCACCGCAGCUCCCCGGUGUACCAUGAGCGGAUCAACCAGGCCUGGGAUCAACAGCUGGCGGAUGAGCUGGACAACUCACCUCAGAGCACUGAACAACUGCUCUCGGAUUUCAAGGCAUCUUUAGAUGAGCACUGCUAUGAGCUGAAGGUUCAAACCAUCAGCUCAGAGCAUCACAUCAACAAAGUCAGGAAGAUCAUGGAGAAGGAGCAGAUCCAACCUCAUGAGCUCUUGCCUAACAUCGAAACCAUCUACGAAGACGUCCUCACGUGGCCGGAAGACAAGAGCUCCAAGGGCCACUACUCCACCAGCUUGCGAUGGCUCAUGAAGUUCCGUGAAGUGCGUGUGCUGCGCCGCGCCAGCGCGGCGGGCCACCGCGGCGAGCAGAAAUCGGAGACGAAAGGAGGUGCGACCAGCAGCUUUCCAUUGCGGCGAGCGGCCAAAGGAGGCGACCGGACGGUCGAACCAGACAGCAAGCGCCCACGCCUGGCGACGCCGAAGAAGGAGGCGCCGGAGGCGCCCCCUCCGCCUGCGGCGUCGCCGAUGCCGAAGCCCUCGGAGCGGCUCGGCUCCGGCGCCGUGCGGCGCAUCGCGGAGGCGGAGGACCCAUUUGCUGCAAUCCUAAAGCUUAGCAAGGAGAAAGAGGUCGCCCCACCUUCCCAGCGCUCCAGCGAGCAUGACGAGCGCCACCGCGCUCCGCGCCACAGCGAGCGCUCCGCGAGUCCAGCGCUGCACGCUGCGCGUCCCGCGCCGCAGGGCGACCAGCCGAGGCUGUCGAUGCACUUCGCACGGAUCUGGGCAGGCAACCGCGAGGCGGCGGAGGAGAUCGCCAACGCAGUGGAAGCACGCUGCAAGGAGUUCUUCCAUGCAGACACCAUACAGCGAAGAAAACUGAUUGCUUCGAUGGACCCGAGCCUUGGGGACCGACUGUGGUUGUGGGCCUACAGUGGGGUUCGCAACGUGGACCAAGUCUCAGACAUCCUGCAUGUACUCGUGGCCUCUGCCGGGCAACAGCCAUCGCUGGAACGGCUGUUUGAGCUCUUGCGCCGAUUGCUGGUGAUCAGCUCGUCGCCCUUCGGAUCCGUGAUGGCUUUGGCACCCGCGCUCAACCACUUGCUGUCCAGCAACUUUGAGGAGCUGCGUCUCCAUUUGAGCCUGAAGAAGUUGGAGAUCUUUGCGAAGAAGGCCUUUCACUUCAGCGAGUUGUGCGGGCAUCGCGGCGGCGGGAUGUCGGCUGCCUCGGUGCAGCUGUGCGCCUUCGGCGCCUUGUUGGCGGGUCAGUUGAGGUUCGCCGAGCGCCUUUCAGGCCAGGAUGUGGAUGAGCUUUUGAAGCAGCUGCUGAGCGGCUUCAGGCCUGACCUUCCUUACCGUCCGUGGCUGUAUCGAGUCGCCUUGCUCAGCGGGAUCCUGUGGAACCUGCGACCGCAAAAAGCCCGUGACGCGCUCCUCCGGGCACCCACGCCCGUGAGCUGCACUCCGGAAGAGUUGAGGCAGCUCAAGGCCUUGCAAACUUUAGCCAAAGAGAAGGCCAUGGAGCAGGCGAAGGCCGCAGGCCGCCCCUGGGCCGAUGAACGAGGUCAUUCUGACUCUGAACGACCUGUAGCAACGCCCACUCGUACGCAAGGCAGCUCUCCUGGGUCGCAAGAAGCGCAAGAAGCUCCUCGUAGACCUUCGCUUGCUCCCAAAGCAGCCUUGCCGCAAGGUGUGCCCAGUAUCCAGCUGCUGGAUGUCCAGGGCUCCGCAGGUGAAGCAAAGGUGCAAGGACAGAUUCGGCGCCGGAAUCGUCACCGCACAGGAACCUCGUUCCACAUCACCCUCCACGACUCCUCGGGAGAGAUCGACGUGAAAUUCUGGCAGGAGGCUGCCAGCAAAUUCAUGGAGGAUUCCAGGCUUCAAGAGGGCAACGUUGUGCUGCUGAAAGGAUUUUCCUUCACCGAGCUGAAGGGCGCCAGCUUGGAGUUUGCCCCCGCGGGCCGAAAGCAUUGUCUCAGCUUCUCUGUGGCGUCCUCGGUGGAGAUUCAGCUCCUCAAGGACAUGCCCGAGACCACGGUAUCGGAAGCUCGACGCUUGCCGUUGAACGCGCGCCUGUCCCUCCGCGCGCGGGUGCAGAGCGUGGAGAGCUUGAACGUGGCACAGCCGGGGAUGAGGUGGCAGUGCAUGCGGAAGAUACACCUGCAAGAGCUAGAAAGAGAAGAAGGUCCUGGAAUCACAUUGACGCUCUGGAACCAGAUGGCCCGUGACUACGGCGAAAAGCAGCUGCCGCCGGGCCAACGGAUCUUUGUCCGAAAUGCCAAGGUCACUGAGUACUUGCGAAGCAAAGAGCUCACUGGGUGCUCUGAGAUUGCGCUGAUUUGA